GGCACUCAGGAGGUUGUGUUUUGUGUGCAGUGGAUGCAGCAUGUUGUCAGUGCUCAUCUAUAGCGCUGUCCGCUCUCUAUAGCGCUCACUGUACAUGCAGCCCGUGUAUAGCGCUCACUGUACAUGCAGCCCGUGUAUAGCGCUGUCUGCUGAGGAGGAGCAGAGGAAAGCAGCUCAGCCCGGGCAUAGGGAUACCGCACAGUAUAGAGUGCCAGCGCCGGCAGCCGCAACAAACAGGACAAGGAGGGCAGCGCUUGCGGUUGAUAUAGUUGAAUUACAGAAACAGAAGCCUCUGCUUCAUGAUCCGGGUUAGGGCUAUCUCCUUGUGUGCUCCAGAGAACAGACGAUCCCAUCAGAACCCAGGGAGCAGAGAAUUCCAGCAAUGAAGGUUGAAGAAAUUGCCUCUUUUACAUUCAUUAAAGAUGGGGCAUUAAAGCACCCUGAAUCAGCAUUGUUACAUGCACAAUUGUGAAGCUAUUGGUCAGAAAGCAGCCGGUCAUCGCCAACCAUGUCUCACUAGCUGUGGAUAUUUUUGAAGGACAUCCCUGAUUUUAAUGAAGAUGACAGAUUGAAUGGUCAUGAGUGGCCUUGUCUUGUGGGGUUUUGAUGACGUGAGACAAAAAAUUUGGACAGAAAGAACAAACUCCAUGAUAUGAUUGUCUAAAUUGUCUUCAUGCACAGGAAAAUUACAGACUUCCAAGAGAAUGCCCAGGAGAGGGUUUUAUCUCCAAGGCAGGACCCGGUGGUUAUUUGUAGGACUCGCCUUGGUUUUCAGCUUAAUGCUUCUAACCUAUCUUUUAGAAUGUGCCCCAACUCCUGAAGGAAAUGGCUCUCUCCCUGGGAUUGCAGGAGAGAUGUACAGCAAGGAGUACUACCAAGCCCUUCUUCAGGAGCAGGAGGAGCAUUACAAGAGUCGUGCAACCAGCCUAAAGAGACAGAUUGCCCAACUAAAGCAGGAACUUCAAGAAAUGAGUGAGAAGUUGAGGGUGGCACAUGAGAAGAAACAAGCAGCUGGUGCAGGGCACCAGGGUACCAAAGAGCAGCCCCCAAAUGACUUACUUGAGUUUCUACAUUCGCAGAUUGACAAGGCAGAAGUUGUGAUGGGUGCUAAGCUUCCCAGUGAAUAUGCAGUUGUGCCCUUUGAAAGUUUUAACUCCAUGAAGGUUUACCAGCUGGAGAUGGGGCUAACACGCCAUCCAGAGGAAAAACCCAUUAGAAAGGACAGGAGAGAUGAAUUGGUUGAAGUUAUAGAAGCUGGCCUUGAGGUCAUAAAUAACCCUGAUGAAGAUGAUGAAGAACAAGAGAACAGAGGGUCUGAAAAGCUGAUAUUCAGCGAGUCUGACUUUGUAGAAGGUUAUUAUCGAACUGAAAGGGAUAAAGGAUCCCAUUAUGAACUGUUCUAUAAGAAACCAGAGUCUGAGAGUUAUCACCACAUCACUUUAUUCAGACCCUUUGGCCCACUCAUGAAAGUCAAAGUUGAAACACAGGACGUGUCGAGGACUAUUGUCAACAUCAUUGUCCCAUUGUCUGGCAGAACUGAAGCCUUUGCACAGUUCAUCGAGAACUACAGAGAAGUGGGUAUUAAACAAGACAAAAGGACUUACCUGACUGUGGUCUACUUUGGUGAAAAAGGACUGUCAGAGGUGCAAGAUAUUCUUAAGAAUCUAAAAAGUGAAACCAACUUCCAUAACUACACCCUAAUCCCACUGAAGGAGGAGUUCAGCAGGGGACGUGGAUUAGAAGUAGGAGCUCGAGCCUGGGAUAAGGGCGAUGUUCUGCUUUUCUUCUGUGAUGUUGACAUAUACUUCACACCUGGGUUUCUGGACACCUGUCGACUGAAUGCAGAAACUGGUAAGAAGGUGUUCUACCCAGUUGUGUUUAGCCUUUACAAUCCUGCUAUUGUGUAUGCCAAUCUGGAGGUACCACCGCCCGUGGAGCAGCAACUGGUCCAUAAGAAAGACUCUGGAUUCUGGAGGGACUUUGGGUUCGGAAUGACCUGUCAGUACAAAUCAGAUUUCCUGACAAUUGGUGGCUUUGACUUGGAGGUCAGAGGAUGGGGAGGAGAGGAUGUUCACCUUUACAGGAAGUACCUGCACGGGGAUCUGAUUGUAAUCCGUACUCCGGUGCCCAGCCUGUUCCAUUUGUGGCAUGAGAAGCACUGUGUGGAUGAACUGACUCCGGAGCAAUAUCGUAUGUGCAUUCAAUCCAAGGCUAUGAAUGAGGCAUCCCACCCUCACCUCGGCAUGCUGGUCUUCCGAGAGGAAAUUGAGACCCACUUGCGCAAGCAAGCCUUCAGGACGAACAAUGAAUCAGAGGCAUAAACAUUACAUUUUACAUGGAAGAUAAAAAUUGAGCUUAUGUUACAGGCUACUAAUAGAAUGUGGACCAUAUGUUUUUGGAUGUGGGACCCUGUGCAGGGCUUUAACCAUCUUUAAUCCUCUCACAUUAAGGCAUGGCAAUGAGUCUCAUACUAUUCAUUAUUAUGCUGGUAAAAAUAUUCAGAGCAGGGAUUCUCUAAAGCAAUACAGCACCUGCACACGAUCUGUUAUGCCUGCCUAGGAAUAUAUGGUUAAUAUUUAACAGCGUUGAAAUCGUGAUAGACAUAUCAUCUUUCUGUAUCAGCAUUGGACAUUAAGCAUGCUAUCGGCACAGAAUGGGAACCAAAAUGGUACUUUAAGGCCUGGUAGCUUCCAGCUCCUAUGUGCCUUAAUACUUCAGACACGCAGAAAUAGUCAAUAUACUCUGUGCAGUACAGUGACACAUUACCAAGUACUGUAAAUAGAAGUGCACGUAUGUAUAAUGUGUGUGUACGUACGCACAGCAUAUCGCACCUGCACAACCUUUUGUUUUGUGUAUUUUAUAGAAUUGUUUUGCUUUAUAAUGCUUCGUAUACCUAGCACAAGGUACCAAGGAUACAGUAUCCUCAUCCCUAAUCUACAGCUGCUUUGUGUGGUAGCUGCACCCAUUAGCGCACACAAAUAAGCACAAUAACAGUCCUAAAUGCCAUCGAUGCCAAUUCCAUCCUAUAAAUUGAGUAACGCUUAGCAAACACUUGGAGAUUGUCAUAAACCAGUAAGAUUCCAGUUUUAUUUUAUUUUUAUUACAAGUUUAAAAAUGCAGUUUAAGGACCGGAUUAUCACUUGAUGUUCACAUCAUUUCACUGUAUGUUACACAACAUGUUAAAUUAUAGAUACAUUGAUUGAUUCAGAAUAUUCUGUAAUUAUGAUGCUUGAUGGGUACUCCAGUUACCAAUGUGGGUACAAUAGCAGUAUUUGCAGAGUUGUUAAAGGGGUAUUCCAGCAACUAAAAAAUCCCCUAUUCACAGAAAUGUUAUAAUUGCAAGGGGGUGACCUCUGGGACCUUCCACUCUACCACCAUCUCUAUGGAGCCAUUAGAGAGUACAGAGAACGAGGGUGUGUGUGUGUGCCAUCUCCAACGGCUCUAUAGACAAUGAGUGCCAACCUACCACCCAUUAAGCGGGGAGAGUCAGGUCCACGUUUAGAUUACAGUUGAGGAUCUCGCACAAUGACUUAUUCCCUUUCCUGUCUGUAGUGGAUACAUUUUUAGUCACUAGAAUACUCCUUUAAAACUUUUUUAUUUGUUUGUGUGUUUUUAUUAUUAUAUUGAAAUUAGAAUUGUGGUUUUAUAAUAAAAAAAAGAAGAAAAAAAACUUUUCUGCAAAAUUUGCACCAGUAAGCAAGGGAAAAAAAGUGACGACCGCUAUGGGGGGCUAAUUUUGGACAACCAUGGGUAGUCACUGUUCCACUACAAUGGAGUGAAUGUGGUUAAGGGCGUUGCUUAAGCUGGGCUCAUCUGUCAACCAAUAGUUUUAUUUUCUAAACCAUCCUGGGGAUUCGGAGUUGUUGCAGUCAGCAAAACAGAGCACAAAAUAAAAGCAUGUUUAUAUUGAGUGUUCUAUAGGGCCAUGUUCACACGAACAUACAGUAGUGUACCUGCAGCCUCUGAUAAAUCUGAUAUUAGCAGUGACCAAAAAAGACAAGGUCCGCUCAAAACAUGCCACCUUUGCAGGAUCACUUUGACAAAGAACAUGACAGACUGUGGGGUGAUCUGCCAACCAAUUUCGGUACGUAAGUCUAUUGUCACCUGGGAUUACUGUAGGUGGAUAUUGUUCCAAUAUUCUUUUACAUACAGAUUAGAAUGAUUCCGUUAUAAAGGUACAUUGUUGUUGUUCUGGUAUCUGGUACUGUUUUAGUAUCAUUUUUUCUGUUAUAUCCUAGCUAUGGAAACAAGUAUUACAUUAAAGGUGUGAAAUGAAGACUGGGAUCAUGUGAAGUAUUGUUUUGUACUUUAUAUUGUUGUAUUUUUAAUUGGCAUUUUUUUCUUGUCUUGGACUAAACUGUUCUAAACCCAUUUGUGGAAUUCUAAGACCAGAGGAUAGAUUCACGUUUACCAAAGAGCUUCUGCUUUUUAGUAGGUGGUUGUAGAAACUCUGCGGACAAGUCUAGACUUUUUUUUUUUUCCUGUGUUGCCGUUGGCACAUAAGGACGAAAUAAAAUUAUUUUUUGC